GCCCCCGUUAGUCUAAUACAACCCACGUACGCCCCGGAACCGGAAGCCCUCGGAGCCCUCGACCGGACGCAUAUUACGCGAUUCACUUCCAAUUUUACUUGUCGAAAUUUUAAUGUCUUAAUGGUAGGUGGCAGCUUCUGUGCUGUCUCCUCUCAGCCUACAAUGAAAAAUCUGCUGUCUAUCUUGCAUGGAGAGCUUGCGGAUGAAAGAACGACUCUUGCGGCAACCAGCUGUGACAUUGAAGGUGCAGCAGCGUUUUGUAGUGACAAUUACAUUGAUGCAAAGAGUGGUAAACUGGAACAAACGAUGUCGUUGGCUACUCAGUCAUUGGGGACGGUGGCGUACCACGUGAGCAGGUUAGCAAAUCAUUUCCUGGAAGCUAUGGAUAUGCAGUCAGCUAUGCUGGCCGAGAUUUCCGACCGAAUGGAGAGGUUGAGAAUGAUUUGUAAUAUUCAUCAAGAGAAGGUUGCUAGAAAAGCAAUAGGGUCGUGCACUACGGCCAAAGUACCAAUGGUCUUCCACCACAAUAUGACUCAUCCUGAGCCGCCUCAGAAAUACAUUCGACAACCAGUGGACUUCUCCAUUUUAGAUUCUAUUGGACAUGGUGUUCGAAUCCAGGAACCCGCGUUAAAUCAGUACGGAUCCACUAUUAGCCACAUCGGCACAGUCCAGCGUAGAAAUAGUGCAGCCAAUUCUCUACCAGUCCACAACGUUUUCGGACCUCAGCUGAGCGCGGCUGGUUGCAGAACUGUGGGCCCAAAGACCGGUAUUGCAUACGCAGCUCCUGCUCAGUGCGUCGGUGGUAUCCGCUAUCAAAGUGGCACUAUCGGUCGAACUGCUGGCAUUUAUCGCACCGCUGUUGUCCCUCCUCAACACCUUUUUGGUUCCCUUAGUGGAGGUGGAGUUACCCAUCAACUUUCUAGCGGCAGCGGAAGUAGCCCUGCUUCAGGACAACUUUCGUCUAUCAACUAUGCACCUGGAGGAGCAGCUUUUUCUGCCAGUCAAGCUGCUGCUGAUGUGUCUGGUGCUGCAUCAAUACUGACAAAUCACUCGGGCCGUUCUAGCGGAUCUUCCAGUGUUGGAUCUAGUGUUCAACAAUACGCAGGUAACCAUCAGAUGCAUCCGGUAUAUACACAACAAUACCCGAUGGGCCAAGCAACACCUUCUGUUCCAUCGCACUUGCAGCACUCCAGACUUUCUGGCCAAAUCAACGAACAGGGACACAUCAUACAGGGAAGGCAAACUCAAAUGUAUCAUCAACCGAUUCCUUCUGUUUCAAUCGGUAGCCCUAUUCGCCUCUCACAAUCUCAAGCGGAGUAUGUUUUUCCACAGCAGCAACACGGACAGCGGCGCCAGUCACAAACAGUAACCUCGACUCAAUCAUUACAGAACACGUCGGAACGUCAGGCAUCCAUGCCUCACACGAGCUUAGUCUUCGACAAUAUGCAGGGACAUGUGGAGAUACCGGAGAGCAUUCAACCACUUGUUCAGACGAAUGUGACUUCCAACAAGCCCAUGGAGCGAACAACAAGGCCUCCAGUUUCCGAUACUGUAGCUAUAGUGACAUACUCCAACUCCGUGGAGGUUGCCGACCAGACAGCUUUGCCUCCUCCUGAAGCGUACGCAGGAGAUGACCCGAGGAUCGCAAACGAGUGUCAUCUACAGCCAUCACAAUCACAUGUAUUUGCAAGCAACUCUACUUGUCCCGUGAACGGUCUGAUUGCACGAAAACCUGAGGAUCCCUCCUGGGCUCCAGACUACUAUAUCGGAAAAGUGAUCACUCUUUACGAGUAUAUACGGGAUAAAGAUGAUGAGUUGACCUUCACCGAAAAUCAGGUCAUCUUCGUAGUGAAGAAAAACGAUGACGGCUGGUGGGAAGGGAUUAUGAAUGGUGUGACCGGUCUCUUCCCUGGGAACUACGUUGAAGUGAUCGACUGAAAACCAGCUUCAAUCGACCGCUCCAUUUACUAAAUCCUAUCUAUAUUUGCUUUCUAAUUUCUGACUGAGUGACCAUACUUGAUGAUUUUGAAUGAUAAUUUGUCAUUUCCUUGCUGGACAUGUUUAACUAUGUAAUAAACACAAAUUGCUAUUUGUUCUGUUCACUUGGGUGACGACAACUGAGUU